UUAUAGAUAAGGAUUCGUACGCUCUCUCUCUCUCUCUCUCUCUCUCUCUCUCUCUCUCUACCCUUGUUCCUCUCUUCCUCCCCUUCUCUCCGCUUCGACGCUUGAAAGAAGCUUCGGCGACGGAGAAGCUUCCGAAGGCGACGAGCAUUAUUGGACUGCUGUUGAGAAAUGAAGCUAUGAGUUUGGAACCAUGGCGCUGAUUGCACACCAGACACCGGUUUCACAGCCAUCCAAUUCCUUAAGGUAUAAAGCAGCUGCCAAUGGAGUGAUCCGUCGAUCGUUUGUAGCUUUUCAAUUUGUCUGUGGAAAAGAUGAUGAGUUUAUGCCAUUGAAGCAUCGUUUUGUUUCCAGAGACGAACCUAUUGUCUCAUUAAAGAGGAAAGUGUUCAAAGUCUCAUCUUUUAAGAGCAAUGCCCAGAACGACGAACAUGAGACCAAAAAAAGUGGCUUGAAAUUUAGCAAAUCACAAGUUCAGCUCUCCUCCUCACCUGACGAGAGAGAAGAUCUUAUAUCAAAAUCUCAUGAUUCACAAAAGCAUCCACUUUCUUAUCCAACACAAGGGGAAGGUGACACCAAGAUGGGAUCUAUCGCCAUACAGAAGUUAUUUAAGAAAUGGCUGAUCAUGUUGCGCACCCAGACUUCGAGCAUUACUAUAAAUGGGAACGUCGAUGAAAAACCAGUUCAAAGUACAACAACCUCUGAAACGCAACAUGUGAAGAUGAGUACUCAAGCUGGGAGAAUGCUGAAGGCUGCAUUGGUGUACUUUGCUGGUCUUGAUGCAGCUAUAACUAUUCCAUUAUUAGUAUUCAUCCCUUGGUACUUGACGGUGAAACUGAUGUAUGGAGCCGAAGUUACUUCCGAGCUGAGGCCAUUAUGGGUAAUCGGGCCAGUGAUAACAGCUGUCUAUAUAAAGAUCAUUCAAGGGCUCUGCUCUCUCUACUUCUACUUAUUCAUGCAGGCAAUUCAUCUCAUAAAGAACCUCCCAACUUACUCUCUCGCAGUCUAUAAUUUCAUAGCCAAGGGGGAGUUCAAAAAGUACGUUGUACGGUUCUGGGAGCCUGUAGAAUGCAUCAAGAAGUUAGAUUAUAAAGCUCUUCUUAAGCAAAAAUUUGAAGAGCUCAAAGAGUGGGCAGUUGAGAAGUAUUUGGACUAUGUUGAAUCGAUAUGGCCGUACUAUUGCAGAACUAUUAGGUUCUUAAAGAAAGCACAUCUAAUUUAAUUUAUCUUUGAGAAGAACUGAGAAAAGCUUUUUUGAAUCAUUGUUAAAUUUUUUGUUUUUGAGCGUUUAUUGGCGCUUGCAUUGUGGGAUCGGAGAAACAUUUAUCAUUGAUCAAACCUGGCCUUUAUCCCCCCAUUUUGAGGAUGAGUGAUUCGGACUCGAGCAGAGAUAUUACGGUGACUGUAAUGUUUAUGCAUUAUACAUUAGGAGUUAUUUUCUCAUUUCAUUGUCCUUGUAACGUAUUUGUCUUAAUCCGCCGUAUAUUUCAACAUUAGAAUUUAAUAUGGUAUUUUCUGAAUGUAUUCUAAGUUUGAUGGAAAUUUUAAAAGCUUGUCCGGUUGUUGAGCUGUAUCAAACAUAUACCUAUCACAGUUUUGAAUAGUGAGAUUAGUCAUUUCAUGCA